GUUGUUUAUGUGGUGUGUGGCCCAUCCCAGCUCGUCUGUGUAUGUGUGUGCCGUGUCCAUAAUAAUCAAUUUUCCUCGCUUAAAUUAUUUCAUGGAUUACCUCUAUUGCUGAUAAGAAUACUAGGCAAAGAUGCCUGAAGAAAAUAAACCAGCAGUAGACAGCGAAGCGUCUCCAGCUAAAAAGCUGGCAACAUCGAAAGAUGUUAAAGGCAGCAAAAAUGGUCUGUUUGAGUGGACGGAAAUUACUAUGCUCGACGGAUCAAUAUUGACCCUUAAUAUGGAUAGAAAAUCAAAGGGAAAAGACCUUCUCGACAAAGUAUGUGAAGCAAUCAACCUCAUCGAAAAAGACUAUUUCGGUUUGGUGUAUGCGGAUCGACACGACCCAAGGAAUUGGUUGGAAUUAGACAAGAGAAUAGCCAAGUUUAUGAAAAAUGAACCGUGGAAAUUCAGUUUUGAAGUGAAAUUUUAUCCGCCCGAUCCAGCUCAACUACAAGAAGACAUAACUAGAUACCAACUCUGCCUCCAAAUCCGCAACGACAUCCUCAGCGGACGAUUGCCUUGCUCCUUCGUAACUCACGCCCUGUUGGGCUCCUAUUUAGCCCAAUCCGAAUUGGGUGACUACGACCCUGACCAUAUGCCCCGCGGAUAUUUGAAAGACUUUAAAAUAGCACCCAGUCAGAAUCAAGAUCUUGAAGAUAAAGUGUGCGAGCUACACAAAACGCACAAGGAGCAGACUCCAGCUGAAGCUGAGCUUCACUAUUUAGAAAACGCUAAAAAACUAGCAAUGUACGGCGUAGAUUUACAUCCUGCCAAAGAUUCAGAAGGGGUUGAUAUUAUGUUAGGUGUAUGUGCUUCCGGGCUUCUAGUUUACCGCGACCGGUUGCGAAUCAACCGUUUCGCGUGGCCGAAAAUCUUGAAAAUUAGCUACAAGCGACACAAUUUUUAUAUCAAAAUACGUCCAGGAGAGUUCGAACAAUUCGAGUCGACCAUUGGUUUCAAAUUGGCCAAUCAUAGAGCAGCUAAAAAAUUGUGGAAAACUUGCGUGGAACAUCACACUUUCUUUAGAUUGAUGUCUCCUGAAGUUAAUCAGAAGAAUUCGCUGUUUCCUAGAUUGGGUUCCAAAUUUAGGUAUUCUGGCAGAACUCAUUACGAAACUAAAAAAACGCCCAUUGAUCGACCAGCGCCGCAAUUUGAAAGGUCUUUGACUGGGAAAAGGUUGACUUCUAGAAGUAUGGAUCCUUUGAGUGGUGUUAGACCUGAAGACGAAUACAAUGAAGCCAACAAACGACACACAAUGUCACAUCCUCCCGAUCAUAUUCCCGAUAUUGACAAUCAGAGUCCUGCCAAAGUUAAAGAAAAGAAGGAGAAAGAAAAGAAGCCGAUUGGUGGUGUGUCAGUACUACCAUCUGGUGGAAUAUUUGGCAAGAAAAAAGACAAUGAUAAAGACAAGGAAAACCAGAGCAACAACUUGCAGAACGGUGGUGAUGUUGACCAACUGAACUCUAGCAAUGAUAGCGAAAAAGCGUCCAAGGAUAAGAGAUCAAAGAGUCCCGGCUUCCUGUUUGGCAAAAAGGACAAAACUCCGCCCAAAGAUAAAAAGGAAAAAGAAAAAGUGGCAGCUUCCGCUGGUUCUCCUCAGCUCCCUGGUUACACAAAAGAAUACGAUUAUGAGGCAGCCGAUGACGAAAAAAGUCCCAGGAGGCCUUACACGCAAGGUUUCAGCUAUGAAAAAUCACCUACGAGCCUUAGAAAUAGUGAUCUUGAAAAUCAGCAAUCACCUUCUACUAAGCGGGCAACAGCUACAGCUUUCAACUAUGCCCCAGGUGAUAUUUGCAAGCUGAAGAUGCAAGAUGAAAAAGCUGAUACGGGAAAAUUUUUAGCUGCAGAACAAUACGAGCAAGACCCCAAAGUUAUCAAAACCGCCGCUAGUACCCCACCUGUAGUACUCGGAGGAGGCAAAAAACGACCUAUAAAAUUAUUCGUCAUCACUGGACCGAGAGACCCAAAAACUGGCCGCGUCGACUUGGAUCAUGCCACCUCAGAAACCGCUGUUGGACAACAAAACGUUGAUACCGGCCUUAUUGAUUGUAAAUAUGGAUUAAUCGAUCCUUCGAAUGGUACUGUCAUCGUUACAGAUCCAGUACAAGGCCAAAAGGAAGUCGUACAAGGCUAUAUCGAUCCAAUCACCAAGCAAAUAGUUAUUACUUCCGGAUCGGUCAUUGAUCCAAAAACUGGAAAAAAAUCUUCAACCUUGAGCCAAAUAAUAGCUAUUUGCGGUACAGAGCAAACUCCCAGAAAUGCCUUAGCUGGAGUGCCCAAAAAACGUAUUAUUAAAGUCACUGUAACGACAGCUAAAAAAGACCCCAAAACUGGCAGAAUUGAAGCUGAAAAAGGCCACGUAGAAACUAUUGAUGCUAUCUUGGAUCCUCAAAGUGGUCAGAUCGAAACUAAAUAUGGCACUAUUGACCCUAAAAGCAAAAAAAUUGUUUCCCAAAAAACUCGGCCGCUUAAAAUCGACGAAAGUCUUGGUCAGAUUAUUGUAGAAGAAGGAGUCACCGAUCCAAAAACUGGCAAAAUUGACAAUACUUUUGGACAAUUAUUCAAAAUAGGAGCUUAUGGCGAUUCAGUGGUUCCUGUGACAGCAGUGAUAGCUAAAAGGGAUGCUAAAACUGGCCAAUUAGACCCUACACAGGCACAUAAAGAAACUACAAAUGGAAAAAUUGAUCCUAAAACUGGAUCCCUUGUUACCAAAUAUGGAACAGUUAACUGCAAACAAAAAACUAUUAGCACGCGAGAACCGAAAACUGGAAAAAUCGAAGAACAUCCAGUGCAAUUUGAUACCAAUGACAAUGUCAUUGUUUUAGCUGGAGUAAUAGAUCCUAGAUCAGGAAUCAGAGACAAUAACUUGAGUCAAAUAUUGCAAAUUGCUGGAGAAUUGGAGCCUGAAGUACUUGUUACAUCAAUUUCAGGCAAAGUAGACAAAAAAGGCCUGGAUCCAAAAACAGUGUCGCCUGCGGAACAAACUACAGGCCUGUUGAAUCCCAGUACAAAUAAAAUCUACACUAAAUAUGGCGUAUUUGAUCCGGUUCAUGAAACUUUGAGCGUCACAGAUCCAAAAACUGGAAAAACUGAACUUAAACAAGGCCACAGAGAUCCUGCUACCGGAGAAGUACUUUUCAAAGGUCUUGUCAAUCCUAAAAUCAACAAAAUUGAUAAUUCUUAUGGAAGAACCAUUAGAUUGUCUUUAAAAGAACCCCAAGUGGAUCCAAGUAUUGUUGCUGGAAGUGUGGAACCUAAAAAACCUGUGCCAGUAUCUCCUGUAAAACUACCUCCUACAGUUGCUAUUUCUCCAAGAGACAAAAACAAAGUAAUCAAAUUAUUGGUAAUAACAGCCAAAAAAGAUCCAAAAACAGGUCACUUGGAUUUGGAAUCGGGCCACGUAGAUCAAUCAGCAGGCAUUCUACAUCCUACAGGCGAAAUUGAUUCCAAAUAUGGUUUGAUUGAUCAGAAGAAAGCUACCAUUACUAUCACUGAUCCAGCUACAGGAAAACAAGAAACUGUUCAAGGACAAAUAGAUCCAACUUCUGGCCAAAUCGUGUUGGCUAAUGGUCCAGUAAUAGAUCCAAGAACAGGCAAACGCGAUCCUAAUUUGGGGCAAGUUAUCACGGUUGUUGGAGAUUAUGGUAGCUCGGCCACUCCUGUUAAACAUGCCUUGCCUAGCCAUCCUAUACCCAAAAAACGAGUCAUUAAAAUUUUGGUAAUCACAAGCAAGAAAGAUCCUAAAACUGGAAAAAUUGACACCGAAAAAGGCUCAGUAGAAAAGUUAACUGCUACAGUAGAUCCAGUAAGUGGCAUUAUCGAAUCAAAGUAUGGCAAAAUUGAUCCACACAACAAUAAAGUUAUUCAAAAAGAUAAAUCUGGUAAAACCACUGUUACUCCUAUCAAAGUUGACGAAAACAGUGGACAAAUAUUUAUAAACGACAACAUUGUGGAUCCAAAAACAGGCAAAGUUGAUGCCAAUUUGUCUCAAGUAAUUAACGUUGUUGAUCCCCAACACCCAGCUGUAGUUAUCACUACUGUUACAGCUAAAAAAGAUCCUACAGGAAAACUGGACCUCAUCAAUGCCAAAACCGAAACAACUAACGGUAAAAUUAUUCCCGAAACUGGAGAGAUUGUUACCAAACAAGGAACAAUCAAUUUGAAAUUAAUGAGAAUCUUUACACGCGAUCCAAAGACCAACUUCGUUCAAGAAAGACCUAUAACCAUCGACAAAGAUGACAAUAUUAUAAUUUCCUCAGGAAUUGUAGAUCCAAAAACCCAUAAAGCUGAUCCCAAUAUGGUACAACUAAUACAAGUAGGCCCAGAAGUAGAUCCAGAAAUUGAAAUUAGAACAUUUGUUGGUAAAGUUGACAACAAAAAGAACACAAUCGAAUCCAAAAACGCUGUUCCAGAAUCGAGCCCAGGUCUUUAUGAUCCAGAUAAAAAUAAAAUUUAUACCAAAUACGGCCAUUUGGACCCUGUAAACGAAACUUUAACGAUUAUCGAUCCAAAGACUGGCAAAGCUGAAACUAGGCCGGGCCAUAUUGAACCUAAUACUGGAGAGUUGGUAUUUAAAGGUGGAUUUGUUAGUCCCAAAACUGGAAAAGUUGAUAAAGAUCUUGGUAGAGCUGUUUCCGUUCAUAUUACUGAGCCUUCGAUCGAUCCAGUUGCUUCUCAACAACCAUCUGAAAAGGAGUUGCAAAAGCCUGUUGUUGAGGAAUUGAAAAAGCCAAUUUCGCCACCUAAAGUAAUCAGUUCUCAACAAAAAUCACCAGUCAAAGAAGUGAUUACUGGAGUAUUGCAUCCUAUUGCCAAACACCGGAUAGUUAAAAUUAUGGUUAUUACUGCCAGGAAAGACCCGAAAUCUGGCAACGUGGAUAUUGAAAAUGGCACUGUAGAACAUAUAACUGGCAUUGUUGAUCCAGGUACAGGUUUUAUCGAAACUAAAUAUGGCCAAAUCGAUCCUACCACAGGAUCGCUUAUUGCCAACGACCCUACGACAGGCCAAAGAGGAAUUAUUCCUGGAAAAGUAGAUCAAUCUACAGGACAAAUUAUCAUUAAUGGAGGUCCAGUGGUAGAUCCGAAAACUGGCAAACCUGAUGCUGGCUUGGGUCAAGUAUUUUCCGUAGUAGGACUUAAACAAGCUCAAGAUCCACAUGCAGCUCCAACACCUAAAAAACGAAUGAUCAAGAUUACAGUUAUUACAACAAGAAUUGAUCCUAAAACUGGUAAAGCUGAUAUUGAAAAAGGACAAGUGGAACAAUCCACUGCUCUAUUAAAUCCAGAAACUGGCCUUAUUGAAUCCAAAUAUGGGCUCAUUGAUCCUAAGAAUGGCAAAUUGAUUAUCAACGAUCCGAAAUCUGGCAAAGUAGAUGCUAAACUGGCACAAGUGAAUGAUAUAAACGGACAAAUUAUUUUAGCUUCAGGAAUUAUUGAUCCUAAAACUGGCAAAGUUGAUAGUUCUCUAGGUCAAAUUAUAAGUAUUGCUGGACAAAAUGAUCCGGUAAUCGAAAUUACAACUAUUACAACUAAAGUUGAUCCUAAAACUGGUUCUAUUGAUCUUAGUAAUGGCCAAAUGGAACAUUCAAAGGCAAAAAAGAAUUCUGCUACGGGAGAAAUUGAAACUAAAUAUGGCAUCAUCAAUUUGAAACUUUUAAGAAUCACUACAAAAGAUCCUCAAACUGGCAAAUUAGAAACUAGACCUAUACAAAUUGAUGCCGAAGGCAAUAUUUUAAUCCCUACAGGCGUCAAAGAUCCUAAAACAGAUACUGUCAAUCCAGAUUUGUGUCAAGUUAUCAAACUAGGCCAAGAAGUAGAUCCGGAAGUGCAAGUACUAACAUUUGUAGGCAAAGUUGACGGUAAAAAGAACAUUAUUGACUCAAAGAAUGUCGUUCCAGAAGUUUCAAACGGUCUCUAUAAUCCUUCUACAAACAGAAUUGACACUAAAUAUGGACAAAUUGAUCCUGUCAAAGCUACAUUGACUCAUAUAGAUCCAAAAAGCGGAAAACACGAAAUUAAACAGGGUGUUGUAGAUCCUGUAACUGGACAAAUUUUGUUUAAAGGAGGGUAUACUAAUCCUAAAACUGGCAAGAGCGAUCCUAACUUUGGAAGGCUUGUGGGUAUUUUGAUUACUGAUCCAAAAGUCAACGACAAAGGUGAGAUCGUUAAACGUGAUUCUAAAUCUGUAAGAAUUGAUACAAAAUCGAAUCAAAUUUGGGUGUUUGAUUAUAAUGAUCCUGUGAGUAAAGAAGAUGUUUAUACUACGGGAAAUGUGGAUCCUACUACAGGAUACGUUACUGCAGUUUAUGGAUAUAUUGAUCCCAAAACUGGAAAUAUAACUAAAACGUCCAAAGUAGAUCAUAAUACUACCAAAGUGGUUCCAGAGACCAGUCAAAUAUUCACUAGAACCAAUCAAACUGAUGAAGCAGGAGCUCCAUUGUAUUCUGUUUCAGAAAUUGAUCCAGCUUCUGGGCAAAUUUAUACCAAAUAUGGCAAAAUCGAUCCCAAAACAGGCAAAAUGGUUAUUGUACGCAUAUACUUGAUCACCCAAAAUGACCCUACAGGAAAAGUCAAAGAAAUUGAUCCCAAAGAUUGUCAGUUUGAUGAAAAAACUGGAAGAAUUAUCAAUGUCAGCACUCAAACUGUUUAUAUCUACAGUAUGGUUGAUCCAAAAACAGGAAAAAUUGUUCAAGUCGACGCUAAUGAUCCUCUAGUGAAGAGUGCUAAUACAAAAAUAACUCAGGUGCUAACUUUAUCAGGUGAAAUUGAUCCAGUUACUGGAAAAAUCCAUACGGAAUGGGGCCAUAUCGACCCUCAAACAGGAGACAUCGAUCCCAAUACAGCUCGUAGAGAUCCAGUUACUGGCGAAUUAGUUCUCAAUUAUGCUCAGAUCGAUCCCAGCCACUUUUCAGACCUCAAAGAUUCGAAAGUACGCGUCAAAACUUUCCUCAAAGAAGGCGAAGACGAGUCGAGCGACGACGACCUUAACGAAUACGCUUCGGAAAGUCUCAGGGACCUUAAAGGUGCUACUAGCAAGGGAGUUGCCACUAGUACAACCACUACCCCGGUGAUUGUCAAAACUACCACUAAACAAAUUAUAACGAAAGACAAAGAUGGAGUGACGCAAAACGUCGAGGAACGAGUGCAAGAUGGACGAACAGGGGAAAUUAAAGUUUCCACACAUGUGAAUAAGGCCGACGCACCAUUGACGGAAGACGGUAAAUCGCCGUACAUAACGGCCCGAGCUGUAACGACCCGUACAGCAACGACCCACGAAGAUUUGGGUACCAACGCGAAAACCCAGCAACUCGAAGAAAAAACGGUGGCUCACUCUAUGACCAGUAGCGCCACCAGGCAGGAACAACGAACCGUAACGCAGGAAGUUAAGACUACUAGUACUGUUGUUGGAGGAGAUCAGCUGGGCAGACGAGACAGCAUUAGCUCGACUAGUUCAGGUGAUUCGGGCACCCCCAUUGAUCCUCCAGACGAUCCGAGUCAUCCAUAUUACAACAGCGACUUAUAUAGGGAGGACCUCUCCGGUGGCAUAGUGAAAACCGAAUCGGUGAUGUACAGUGGCGACCCCGCAGUGUUCCAAACCUCAACCACCAGCGUGCCAAUUGUGGCAACUGAAGCUCGAAAGGUGCAACUCACUUCCGACGAUGGCAGCUAUACGAAAACUGGCGAGAUUGUCAGCUCGCAGACUAUUAGUUCGAAAACGAGGACUGUUGAAACGAUUACGUACAAAACCGAACGAGAUGGCGUUGUCGAGACCAGAGUAGAACAAAAAAUCACUAUUCAAUCCGAUGGUGAUCCGAUAGAUCAUGACCGAGCCCUGGCCGAAGCCAUCCAAGAAGCGACAGCCAUGAAUCCCGAUAUGACUGUAGAGAAAAUUGAGAUUCAGCAGCAGGCCGCGCAGCAGCAAUAAAAGAAAACGAGAUUAAGAUUAAGAUUAUGUCCAAGACUAACCGUGGCUAGCUCCUAUUUACAUUUUCAAAAGAGAAAUUAUUCAGCUUUCGCCUCAAAAUUAAGCAUUUUUUGCAUUAAGCUAGCUUUUGUAUAUUACGACAAUUUUCAUUAUAUUAGUUUUUAAGUUAUCAAAACAGUGAGUCACACGAUCUCACUUUAUCACCCAGUUUUUUUUUUUGUGUUUGUUUAAACUUAGCUUUUGGUGUAAGGUUUUUUUUUUUUUCUUUAAUGUGUUUGACACUGAUUUUUUUUUAUAAUUUAUUUUUUUUAUAUGUGUAAAUUACGCCACAGGUGCUUUAAAUUUAUCGUAUAUACGAAUCUCACAGUGUGUUCAAAAAAAAAUCAUUAUUUCAAAAACUAACUACAUUCCAGAUUAUUUAAUGUACCAUUGCAAAAAAGCAGCUAAAAACUUGUAGCCUAUUUCAAUAUAUAAAAAUUAUUUGAUUCUGAGGGACCCUGAUUUGCUUUAAGAGAUGAUUUCUUCAUCAACAGUUCAAAUUUGCACAAUAUAUCAAACCGUUUAUGAAGAUAUUUGGUUUUAAGUCCGAUUUUUUCGACAAUAAGUGUAUUGAAAAAAAAAAACAAAAUACAAAAAAAAAAGAAUUAGAGUGGCGUUGAAAAAAUAAAUAAAAAUGAAAUAGCUAAUACUAUUGUAAAAGUAUAUUAAAGAAAAAUAGAGAUGUAUAAUGAAUGUAUCUUUCCCCUGUAAUAAGUGUUUUUAUCCAUGACAUUGAAACAAAGUUCAAAUUUGUAAAGGUCCCAUUUUUUUUUUUUGUUAGUUUAUUAUAUUUGUAAGAAUCAAAGUUUUAUUUAAGUGUUAUGAGAGCAACAAUGACUUCUUGAGAAAAACCUCUCAUUCCUAAGUAAAUUUUGAUUCGAAAAUAAUUGUAUUUUUUCUCCGUCUUUUAGCAACUUAGCUUUUGUGUACUAAUAAUUUUAGUAAUUUAAGUCUUUUAUAUGAUAAAAUUUACACACAUUUUCAUGAUGGUAUUAUAUAUUUUUCUCUUUUUUGUUAAGUAUUUCGCUGGUUUUCAUUCCCUCCACGCCAUGUUUUUUUUGCAUAUUAGAGAUUCCUCAAAAAAAGUAUAUUAUGUAUUUAUAUAAUAAUACAGAGUUUGAGGUGAUUGUAUACAAGGGGGAAUGGAAGUCUCCGGAUGUUGCUUUAAUUUCAAUUUUUAUGCCAGCUAUAAGUAUCCUAUAUUAUAGUUUGUUUCUUACAGAUUUGUUUUUGAAAAUUUUAUUUAAUAAACAUAUGUUUAAAGUAUCA